AUGGAUCCAGUCAAGGACCUGGACAAGAACACCGAAGACAGGCAGGACAGCCGUCAGCCCCAGGGGAGCUACAAGGAAGAGCGACCGGGUGUGCACCCUCCGCAGGAGGUCAGGAAGCCUCACCAGGUCCGGGAGAUGGAUCUGCAGCUUCCUCACACAGGAUCCCUCAGGCUCUCCUUCAAGCAUGUUGGGUGCCUGCAUGUCCCUUCCACGAGGGCCUUGCUCACAGAUCCCACGUGUGCUCAUUGCCUGGUUACAAAGAAGAUGACAAUAAAAGCCCUAAGACAGAGUGAGAAAAGGACCGUGGUCAGGGAACUCCAGGACUGCCACAGAAGGAGCCCCCAUGGUCCUAGGCUUGUUCAAUCUGCAUUUAGACCCGUGGUGGGCCAGAGGGGCCUAAUUCCCUUCGUCCCGAGACCUGGGCCUCUGGAGAGAAACCUCCAUGACCAGAGCCCUUGCUCCCAGGCCUGCGUGACUUUGGCGUCGCUGCAAAACGCCAUCGUCACCAGCUCACACAGUCCUGCUGGUGGUUCAGCGCAAUCACAUAGGAGUCAUCCAGCCACAAGCCACGUUCAGCUGCCCUGCCUCACCUCCAAGGACCUGAAGGAGAACGGCUUCCAAUCUCUGUGCUCAACCCCACAAGUUUCCAAGCACAAUGAGAAUGAGAAGGUGGCAGACACAACCCCAAAGCAGAUACAACCCUUAAGGCAUAGCGCGCAUACAACCUGUAGAGCUAGGACACAAAAACGCAAGAUACCUCUGCUGCCACUUAGGCGGAAACCUCUGCUGCUGCCACCACCUCUGAAACUGGGGUAUCGAGUCACCGCUGAACACCUGGAUUGGGAGAAGGUGACUGCAUUCCGUCGCAUCAACCGCGCGUUGCAGGGUGAGUCUCUGGCUCCCCAGUACAGCAACACUACACCCCUUUCCCUGCUUGCCUCAAGAACCGCUCCAUCUCCUGUCCUUACAGUGUCCUGCAAAAAGGCAGAGAAAAGGAAGUGCAUAGUGGAACAAGAAUCCCUGGGCCCAGGGCCCCUCUUGGCACCUGCUGCUGUGACCACUUCUGUGCAUCCUGAGUCUGGAAGGAAGCACACUUCAGGGGCCCCGGCCUCCUCAUCUCCAAAGCCCCUUCCCAACUCCUGCUCAUACUCCACAGCCCCAGCCUCCGACUCGUUACUGACCCCUACCGGCAAAGAUGGCACUAACAGACAAACUCUUUCGGUGCCUGGCCCUUCAGCCGUGAACAGGAAGGGAAACCGGAGGUCCAGCUGGGAGCCCCCUCUGAAUGAGGACCACCUGGGCCCUUUGAGUCCCAGGGCCUCUGAAAGAGCAGCAGUGGGUGCUGGGCCCGCCUUCCCCGCCAUCCCCAGCAUCUCCAAAAGGGAGGCUGUGCCCCCAGGAUGUGCAAGCUGUCUUGUGUCCUCAAAGAGCCACUGUCCCACUGCAGAUCCUGGUGUCCUAGUCUUUCCCGAUCUUCCAAAGGCUGCUUCUGUCCAGGAUGACAGCCUCUCAACCAGCACAUCUGCAGGCUCGGCCACCCUGGCAGUGACUGACUUGUGGCUCACCCCCCUGGACAACACGUCCCUGCCCCAACCUCUCCUCCCGGAGCCUGUUGCUAGCUCCAGCGGGAGCUCCUUCCCCUCUGCGCAGGUGACUGUGACACCUUCCAGGGGCAGCAUAGCCUCAGCCAGGGAUGCCUCUGCUCUGCCAGGACUGAGGUUCUUCCACAUGGCCACAGGUGAGGAAAAUCCUACUGAGUCUGCAACCAGCAGCCAGCUCAUGUCAGAGGCCACUGAUGGUCAGCAGCACAGAGACACCUCCACUCCCAGCAUGCUCCAUUUUGCAGACCUGGAAGCUACAGCUCUGGGCCUGGCCCCAACCUCAAGACUACCUCUGGGCCAGGUAGUAUUGAGUAGCACAACACAAGCAGCCCUUGAGGGUUCCUUACACACAAAUAUGACCUCUGGGACUGUUGCCAGUAAUCAGCCAGUCUCCAGUGUCACCCAGGGUCUUUCUUCUCCUGGUACAUCUGUUGCCUCUGCUUCUGCCAUGGCCACCCACAUUCCUAGUCCUGUUACCCAUGUUCAGGAUGACAGGCAGCUGUGGUCAAUACUGACUAACAAAAACUCAGACACAAGGACAUUUGCGGUUUCAGCAAUACCAGAAGGCUCUGAGAGGGAAGAGCUGCCCCCCGACUUUAUAACCUCCUUUGAGGCACUGAGCCUCUCUUCUUCUGGAAGAGGGACUUCGAGCACCCCGAGCUAUCAUGGAGGAAAUGUGGGCCUCAGCACUGGAAGCCCGCCUAGCCAUAGCAACCCCGUGGUGGCCAGGGGACCUCGCACCAUGAAAACCUCUAUGUGUGGACAUUCUAGGGUCCCUGUUUUGAGUCCUCUCCCCACAAAGCCACCGAAGCAGAAGCGGCCGAAUUCACUUAGGGAACACAUGACAAACAAGGCUGCUUCAAAGUGCAAACCCGAGUCAACCUUUAAGUCGCAUCUGUGCUAG